GCACGCGCCGUGGCCCCUCCAGCAGCCGAAGGCAUCAUCUGCGCGGCAGCCCCAGUGUGCCCCGGUUCACGGGAGAGAGAGGGUACGCUGCACGGAUGCAGGGACGCAUUACGCGACACCGACCGCUCCUGAACACCACGGCAAUUUCACCGCGAGUCCGGCUCGUCUGCAUGAGGUAUAUUUAACGAAAAACACACCCGCGGAGGUCAUGGAAAUGAAGAAGUCUAUUUCGGAGAGCAGCCGACCGCCCAGGAGCUACGGAUCAGUGCAGACGACUGCGUGGCCGGGAGACAAAUCCCAGUCGGACACGGUGUCCAUGUCGGAGAACUCCCUGACGCCGGAGCAGCUGGAGGCGGAGAUGGCGCGCGUUCAGCGCCUCCGCGAGGUCCUGGUGCGCCGAGAGUCCGAGCUGCGCUUCAUGAUGGAUGACAUCCACCUGUGCAAGGAUAUCAUGGCCCUCAAACAGGAGCUGAGGAACAUCAUGGCUGUACCUGAGAAGGACAAAACGUUGACAGACAAGCAGAAGGAAGACGAGCUGAUUCAGAGGAUCCAUCAGCUCGUCCAGAAGAGGGAUUUUCUCGUGGAUGAUGCGGAGGUGGAGAGAUUGAGGGAGCAGGAGGAGGAUAAGGAGAUGGCUGAUCGCCUUGGAUUCCAGCUGAAGCCACUGGCAAAGCUCACAGAUGACAAAUCUCAGCACCAGGGCUUAGCUGGCUGAAGUGUUUGCCAGAAAUUACAACACGCAGCACCGGGCUGUGAUGUGGACUCCUGAACACCAACAUGGUCACCCCAGGUCCCUCACCCAAGAAGUUCUCCAUUGCCAAGUCGGGGGCUGCCUUCAUGAAGGACUGCUGCGGGGCCACCCAGUGUGUCAUCAUGUGACCCCACUUCUUUUUCCGCCCGACCAAUCCAGGGCGCGUCCCGUCAUCCCGCCCCUCACACCCUCCAAUCAGAAGAUACUGGUCUCUCUUCACUGUCACCUCUGUAUAAGGCCUGGUGCACACAGUGAGCUCUGGAGAAAGAUUAAUUUCUACUGGGGAGGGGGUUAAUGUAUUUUUUUUGGAGGGGGAGGUGGUGGGUGUACUUAUCAGGGCACAACUUUUUAAACUUUCCGUCCAUCAUACUGUACUUUGUUCAAGUUUCGUGUUUGUCUAGUUUGAUCCCAGCAGCAGCGGCUGUGUGCUUUGUGUUCAAGACCAACCAAUUAGCGUCACGCUAACAGGCUCAUUAGCUGGACUGCGCUGGCGCACCCACCACACAGCCCACCUACACAGGCCGAGCGCGCUAUUGGAAGUCAAUAACAGCACUUUGAGAUGGCUGCCUCGGUACAGUGUGUACAUAUUGCAGUUUUUUUUCUUUUGGGAUCGUUAUGCCGUUUUUAUAGACUUUAUGAACCUGUCAUUAACAGACAUAUUAGCUCACUGCAUUAGCACGACUGUCAUGUUUUUAACUAAAGCAAGUGAAAUCUCUACUUUCUGUAUGAUAGCAUGAAGUAGUUCAGAAACAAAAAUGACUUGUCACUUUUUAGGAAUCUGUAACGUAAUGCAGUCUCUUUCUUAAUAUCUUUAAAAAAAUUUUACUCUGUAGUGUUUCACCCAGUUGUACCAUUUUGUUCAUCUCUAAAUAGUUCCAGUGGUUGAGAUGAUUUUCUGUGCCGACGGUGUCCAUUUCAGGAACUUCGGGAAACUGUGUCAUCAGGCACGUUGUACGCGUCGAGGUUCUUUUGUCGGACAGCUGUGCUCUAACCAGCUUAGGUUCAUACUCCUGUUUGCGGGUGGGCGAGGAUUUGUGUUGGUUUCCAGUAAGAUGAAAGAUCGACAGCAUGGUAGUCAAUCGUGCAUUUUCUGUUCCAUCUCAGAAUAAACUAUAGUCCACUGAUUAAACGUCUUUCCGUCGUACCUGGGCUCAUUUCCGCGGUUAGCAUUCUGGCAUAGUUGACAAACAGUUAUUGUCGCCUGACGCCUAAUGACCAGGCGUACUGUUGGAUGUCCACUUUAAGGCGCCGAUGGUUAAGGGCCUUUAUUCUACCAUUAGAAUGAAUUAAUAAUUCACACGGCGUUGGAAGAGAAAUGGGGAAAUCGUGGAAAUCGCAAUGACCACCGCAGGCAGCAUACGGGCGGCUGCAGUCCCACUCCGCGUAAUGAUGUUUCAGUCAAUGACGGAUAACAUAAUCAAUUUUGUAAUGGACAUUAUAACAUGUAAGAUUAUAACGGAGCGGAAAAUUCCAAUCGCGUAGCGACGUCAUAACGUGAUGUCUCAUGUGUUCGUGCUGAUGCUGGCGUAAACAAACCUAUUCUGCUGCCAGUGUUAACAUGUGGCACAUACAACUGUAUGCAGUGUAUAAUACUUCAUAAUGACAAUAAACAACUAUGUUGGUAUAUGUAUGUACCAUACUGAUACUUUUUUAUCGUUACUUAAGCUAUACCAUAGUAGCAUCUAGGUUUGUGUCAGUACACUCUACGAUGUUUCCACGAUGACAAAAUGGCCUAACGAUGCAUUUCUCGGAACGUAGCUUCACCAUUAUUUAACACCUGACUGUAUUCUUGCAGGAGUCAUUAGACACACCAUUGCCAUCAUUGGUUAAUCUGUUUGUCUUCCAGAUUGUCAGCAGAGAAAGAGGCUUCUCUCGGCUGAACUCUCUGCAAUCUAACACAAAUAAAAACAGCCUGA